AUGACAUCAGUUACACCUUUGAGUCUGGGUCUGGAGGACCUGAGGCCCAUGUCACGGGGAAUCACCAUCAUCCCCAGAAGCAGGAGCACUUCUCAUACAUCCACCCGAGAUGCUCAGAAGAGGAACACUCUCAAGAGUGACUCUGCUUCCUCGGUACAGUCCGUGGCUGAUGAGAGUCUGUCUUUAGAGGACAUUGAGAGCAGGCUCUUACAGAAAGUAAAGGACAGAAAAGAUGACUUGAAGGCAGCUUUCCGUGCAUUUGACCAGGAAGGCAGCGCAAGUGUCACCAAAGGGGAGUUUCGCAGAGUUAUUGAAGGCUUUCUUGUGCCACUCACUCAGUCUCAGUUUGAUGGUUUGUUUGCAAAGGUCCCAAAGAGAGGGAAUGGAACUGUACCCUAUAUGGAAUUUCUACAACAAUACUGCAAGGUCUCAUCAGCACCCAUCAGGAGCAUGUCAUGCUACAGAAGUCCAUCUGGGAGUGGAAGCCAGCGCAGUUGGCCGCUUGGGGAGCUGCAGUGCCGCUUGAAGGACAAGAUUGGAGGCAAUCUGAAAAACAUUACGAGGGCUUUUCGGCUGUUUGAUUAUAACCGGGAUGGACAAAUCCAGCAGCAUGAAAUGCGGAGAGUUCUGGAGAGUUACUGCUUUCCUCUGAGCCAUCAGGAGUUUCGCAGGCUGUGGUCACAUUACAGCCCGAAUAACUCACAUACAAUAUCCUACAAAGAGUUUCUCGAGAGGCUUGGUGUUGAUUGUGAGAACUAUCGGAAAAUUGCACCAGACUCUGCAAAACUUGCUUUGAACUGGGAUGCAGUUAACCAGUCUAAAGCAAGACCCAAGAGCAGGACAUCAGCUUGGGAGACAUCCUCUGUGACCCAGUAUAAUUUAGAUGAAAUCCACACUAUAUUUCUGAAAAAAAUGAGCAUAAACUAUCCUAUUGUGGAAAAAGCACUUCAAGCAAUAGAUGUCACAGACAGCGGUAUUGUCUCGUAUGAUGACCUGAAGUCAGUCCUGAGCAGUUUCCUUUUUUCAAUCAAUCACAAUUUAUUUUUGGGCCUUUUAAACCGACUUGGAGUGAAUCCUGCAGAGCCAGUACAGUGGAGAAAAUUCAUUGCACUGUUCAGGGAAAAGGAGCAACCUGCUUUGAAAGAUGCAGGUCCUACUGCUUGUAAGCUGUCCAGUAUUGAAGAAGUCUUGCCAAAGUUACGGGAACAGAUACUUGAGGUGUUCCCUCAUCUCAGGAGAGCCUUUCGGGUUUUUGAUGAGAACAGAGCUGGGCUGGUCAGUCGGGGUGAUUUGCGGAGGCUACUUGAGAGUCUGUCCUUCCCCCUGACAGAUGAGCAGUUCAGAGGUCUGACAGAUCUCCUCCAGGUGCCGCAAUCAGGAUCCAUCUGCUAUCAACAUGUCCUGGACUUUUUUCAGAAGGAAAGACCAGCGCCAGUGGUCCAGGAACAGAUCAGUGAGUCUAGAGAGAAGUCAAUGGCUGAGAUCCAGACUACUGCUGAAUCUCAUUCCACCACAGCAGCCUGGACUGUAGUGGAAGGUGUUCUUAAAGAGCAGCUAUCUGAGCAUUACGCUUCACUGAUGUCGUCUCUAAGCGAGACAGACCCGACUCAUAGCUGCACUAUUCCUCCCGAAGACCUGAGAAAGCUCCUCCAGCAGUAUGGUCUACCUCUGUCUGACAGCCACUUCAACAAGCUCUGUACACCCUUUAUGGAGUCUGGAGCGGUGAAUUACAAGUCGUUAUUGACGAGCCUUGGCAUGUGCACUAGGAAAGGCGAGACAAAGAGUGUAAACAAGGAUCUUCACUUGAUUCAGAGAAAUGAGAGUGCUUGUGAAGCCAGUGGUGAGAGUGUUAAAGAACAAGCUGUGGCGGCUGUUGUUCUGAGGAAGCUCAGAGACAGGUUGCAGAUGCGAGGGCUCACACUUCAGCAAUGUCUGAUGGACACGAGCAAAAGCUCUGCAUCAGAACUUCACCAGAGAGACUUACAGAAAAUUCUGGAUGAUUGUAGAAUUUCCCUGCAAGCCCCACAGUUUCAGGUUCUAAUUCAAGCUCUUGGUUUCUGCAAUGGACCAAUUUCAUUUUCAGACUUUAUAGACAAAUAUGAAGAUGCUAUAGCAAAAGAAAACAACGAACAGCGUCAAUCAAUCUCAAAUAAUAUGAAAUCAAACAGCUUUAUGUCUUCUGACGACUGUUUCAAUCAGCUGGAGGAACGCAUCAAAGGCUCUAAUAUUAACUAUCCUGAGUUCUGCAACAAGAUUCGGUCUGACAAACACAACAGCGCUAAUCUCAUCACUAGUAUGACAGCUGAUCAGUUACUUGAACGAGCAUGUGAACAGGUUCAUGCCUAUUUGGUGACCGUUGCACACACAAAGGGGUCUGAGAUCUCAAAGGCUUUUACUCAGUAUGGUGAUGAUAGUGAAAGCAGGAUGACCAAGAGUGAUCUGAGACAUAUUCUUUACAAGUACUACUUGCCUAUUACUACAAGAGAAUUUGAGAAAAUAUGGGGAAGGUAUGAUGAUAAUGGAAAAGGAUACGUCACUCAGACAGAGUUUCUGAACAAGUUAAAUAUCACACCGCACGAGUCUACACGGUCUUCAUUUGGAAAGGACAUCUACAGAACAGCCUCACGGAACCUCCUAACUGAGAAAGAACUGGAUGAUGUGAAAGAGCGUUUAAAGCUUAGCUUCGAGAAUGUGCUCCAGAGUCUGGUGGAGCUGGAUACGAGUGGAGAUGGUCAUGUGACAGCCAUGGACCUGUUUGCUCUGUUACAGAAACACGGAUUCCAGAUCGAGAAUCAUCAAUUAUUAGGUCUAAUCAACAAGCUUGGGCUUGAUGUAUGCAAACUGUCAUACCAUGAUUUUCUGGACCGUAUUGCCGGGCCAGGAGUCAGCAGCAGGUCUGUUAUGUCGUCUCCAUCCAUGCUGUCUUGUGUAACAGGACGUAGUUUUGAAAAUCUCAGCCCUGACAGAGCCUUGCAGAAGGUCAGGGAACUCGUCACAAACUCUGUGGAUACUCUGUCUAAGGCAUUCACAGCUUUUGAUAAAACUCGAAAUGGCAAGGUAGCUCAGGCAGAGUUUCGGCGAGUGCUGGACCAUUUUUGCGUCAGGCUCUCUGAUGUGCAAUACAGACACCUGCUAGCUAAGCUGUCAAUCAAAGAAGAGGAAAGCAAGGUGGACUGGAAGGAGUUUCUCCGCAUCUUCAGUCUUCAUAACCAAGAGACAUCUGAAGAAUGGCAGGAGAAAAUCAGCAAGAUACGCUUCCCAAACCAGACACGUCUACUGCCAAUCAGUGACAUUCUAACACGUAUCCGGGAGGUUGUUUCUGCUCGCAUUUAUACCAUCACCAAGCAGAUGGUGGAUUUAGAUUACGCCGGCCUCAAUACUAUUUCAAAAGAGGCCUUCAGAACCAUCUGCAACCACCAUUUUAUGAGACUCACUGAUGAACAGUUUGAAGCUUUGUGGAAAAUGUUGCCGAUCAACACCUUUGGAAACUUGGAUUACCGUGAGUUCCUGAGGAAGUUCAGUAGAGAACCGAUAGAUGAGGGAAGUUCUAGAGGACCACCUUGUCCCAGUCUAUCGGAGAGCUCACCUGCUGCUAUCGUCCCACGAUGUCCAAAAACAACAGCUUGUAGCCUUGGAAGAAGCAAGUCUUUAGGCCCAGAGCAGCUCAGGCCUUCCUCUGCGGUCUCUGGACGUUCUACAUCCAGCACUUUAAUGAACUCUGAAGCUGUGGAGAGGAGGCUGCGUUCCAAGAUCAGGUCAUGCUGGAGGGAGGUCCAGAGGAGGUGCAGGGCGGCUGAGACCGGGAGCAAUGGGGAGAUUGAUGUAGAGACUUUCUUAGGCAUACUGGAGGGUUUCCAUAUUACCCUAACACAUUCUCAGUUUGAGCAGCUGUCUGAAAAGUAUAACAUCAGAAGCAAUAAACGACUUUCCUACUCAGAGUUCCUGCAGCACUUUGUGCUCACGCUCAGACCCCAGGCCAACACUUUGAGCCGCAGACGCAAGCUGCACAUGCCAUCAACAAUGAGUUCAGGGCCUCUGAGUAAGCAGUGCAUGGACACCUUGCUCAGACUGUGUCCUUCUGUCCAGCUUUACUGGAGAACCAUAAAGCAGGCGUUUAUCUCGUGUGACAAGGAACACACAGGAAGGAUUUCUGUUCAGGAUUUUAAAAAAGUUUUGAGGCAGUACAACAUCAAUCUCUCAGAGGAAGAUGUCUUUCAUCUUACAUCAUACUUGGAUAAGAACAUUUCAGGAUGCAUUUCAUACAAUGAGUUUCUGAGCAUUUUACAGAAAUAAAUGCAGAGUCGUCUUUUAGUGUAUUGUAAUAGUACAGC